UCGCUGCUGGAGCUGAAGCCAAAAGCGCUGAAAGUGGAGUGGUGGUCUGAAGCCUCGAGUGUUGAAGUUUGGGAGGGUCGAUGGUCGAUCACGGAGAAUAUGCUUACAAGUUUUAGCACAAUGGAAAUAUUUGCUAGAGUAGGUUUCAUCAGAACUUUGAAGGAACUUCCACCAUGUUAAAAUGCCGGCGUCCAGGAUCGGACUGGUGAACCAUGUCAAAGAAGCCAGACAAGCAUGAGGUGGGCCGUGCCAAAGGGAGUCGGCUGGCACGCCGAGCACGUUCCUUUAAGGAAGAUAUCCUGGGAAAGAUUCACCAGAUGCGGACGCCCAGUCGAGCUGCCUCUCCACAACAGGCACACAAGGCCAGGCCUCGGGCCCAGGACAGUGAGCUGGAUGCACCCACUACUGGGCCAGCAAGUCCAGCUGGCAGUCCAAGCAAGCAGGGGGAUUCACAAGUGAACAAUGACAUGAAGCAAAUAUCCAAUGCCUUGCGGUAUUUUCAAGACUCGGUUGAAAAAAACACCUUGGGCCACCUGCCUGGCUCUGCAAGCAUUGUGCUGGAAUAUGUGUUGCAUCUUAUCUCACUUCUCAAGAAAGACCUCAUAAAUGACCAGAGUUCGGUGCUCAUCUCUACAACCAAUCAAGUCUACCAGAGCUUAUCAAGGUUCAUUGAAUGGGCAGAUGAUGUAAUGCUGAACAGAGAACGGGCAACCAUGGAUGGUGUUAACCAAGUUGUCCAAUCUCUUCAAGAUUCUCUUAAGGCCUUGAUUGAAGUCAGCCAAAAGCAGUCCCAAAACAAAGACAAAAACAAGCACAUGGGUACCACUACUCCCAAUGGCAUCUACAGUUCCAAAGGAGACAGCAACAGCCAUCGCAACUCUCUGCCGGAGCUGCCCCUGACACCUCGUGAGCGGCAGAUCCUGGAGUCUACGCGAUUUCCUGACAACGGGGCAGCCACAGGGGUGGCUACAGCGGUGCCCCCCAAGGGCCCCCUCUGCCACUCGGCCUCUUCUGACAGCAUUCUGAGCUCUGCCCUGCGGCCAGACUUUCCACCUCCCAAGCCGCCUCUCCCACACUUAACGCCACCCAGAAGCCAGCUUGGUGGUUCCAGCCUGGAUGCAGUGGCCCCUCCCCUGCCGCCAAAGAAGAAAUCUGGGGCACUCAGCUCCAACUCUAACCUCCUGGAGCCUCUAUCAGCAGCACUUCGCUCGCCGCUUUUCGGGGACUGGCAAGGCAGCAGCACCCUUAGUGGUGCCAGCAGCUUCGAGUCUUGCUUGCACCAUUCAGCUGACGAUCUUCUGGGCAUGUCUUCACCAGCUGCCUGGACAGCCACCACCCACAAGACAAGCUAUCAGAGCUUCAGCUACAAUGCCUGUACUACGACAGUCAGCAGCCGAAGCGACAGUGUUGACCAGCUGCUUAGUCACUCAUCAUCAUCAACGCAAAUAUCAGCCAUGAAGCAGGUGGACAAGACACUUGCUUCUGUCAGCCAGCAAUCAUUUGAGCUGAAGGGGUCUGCUUUUGGGACUAGUGUGGAUGACAUCAAACCGGCCCUUCCAAUCAAACAGCGUUCUGCCAGAACAAGGACACCCUCUCAAUAUGACAAUGUUUCAGAUGCUGAGGAUGCAAUAGAUGGAGAGAGAUGGAAAAGUGAACACUGGCACACUACACAUGCCACAGAUAUGAUGGGCUGCAAGGUGAUUGGUCACGAGCCGUCAUGUCCACAACAUGGCCAGCUGACAAAUGCAUCUGCGACUAAUGUUUCCACUGCUGAGGAUGGCCGACCACCACCCCUGCCUCCAAAGAAAAAAAUGAUCCAGGCGUACAUACAGACAUUUGGCAGCUACUCACAGCCCGCGGAGCAGCACGAUUUCUUCAACAGUGGUCGUCUGUACACGUACCAAGCAGCACUCUACAAGCAAGUGCAGAUGUCUUUUGCUAGCCUCGGAAGCGAUGAGUUCCUUGGCAGCUCUCUGCAAGAUGCAACUUUGGCAGCACCGUUUGAACUGAGUUCUCCACCUGCUCUGCCGCCCAAGAAGAACAGGAGUAGUUCCUUAGGUAUCCAAGAUGGUCUCAUGUUGCCUACACGCCAGUCCUAUGCGUCUCUUGGCUCAGGGACCUGCUUAGACACCCCUCAGCCUUUAAAAGCUAUUGAAGAUGCCCUGCCUGAUGAGAAUGGAGAGAGCUUGAUUGACCUGCAAGAUGUUAGCGAUCACCUGAUCUUUGGUGAUAAUCCAAAUGAUGUACGAGGACUCAAGGGAGGACCAGCUGAUGCUCUCAUAAUUCAUGCAACUGCGGUACCAGAAAACAGUGAAAAAGAGUACUUCUAUCAGGAAGCCUUCUUGACAACCUACAAGACAUUUGUGAGUCCUAUGGAUCUAGUGAACAAGCUCAUCUACCGCUACAACAAGUUCAUCCAGUUCUCAGACACACGGCAAAAAUAUGCUCGUUGGGCUUUCUCACUCCUCGUUCGUGUUGUCGAUGACCUUGGGCUGAGUGACGCGGGCCCAGAGAUGGUGCGCUGUCUGACAGCAUUUUCGCACCAACUUGUGGGCCGAGGAGACCUGAGCCUGGCAAGGGCUCUGCGGGCCAAGGUGGUAGAGAAGUGGGAAGCGCAUGCACAACUGCACAGUGGGGGCCCCUGGGGCUCUACAGGGGCCGGGGGAGCCCCUCCUGGUUGCGGCGGUAGCCUUGCCAACUUGCGUGUCACCACCCAGCCGGCCACCUUGCUCCAGUUCAAAUCAGAGCUCCUAGCCGAGCAGAUGACCCUGCUUGAUGCUCAUCUCUUCCAGCGUAUUGAUAUCUCCGAGAUUCUCAUUUGGGCGAAAGAGCAAAAUGAAGAUUCAAGUCCAAACUUGACAAAGUUCACCGAACACUUCAACAAAAUGUCCUACUGGGCACGUUCUUGCAUCUUGAAGCAGUGUGACGCGAAAGAGCGCGAGAGAGUGGUGGUGAAGUUUAUCAAAAUCAUGAAGCACUUGCGUAAGAUCAACAACUUCAAUUCUUACCUGGCCAUCCUGUCGGCACUGGAUUCUGCACCAAUCCGCCGUCUCGAGUGGCAGAAAAAUAUCACUGAGGGCCUCAAGGAGUACUGCGCCUUGAUAGAUAGCUCAUCAUCUUUUCGUGCAUAUAGACAAGCUCUGGCAGAGACAACACCACCAUGUAUUCCUUACAUUGGUCUGAUACUGCAAGAUUUGACUUUCGUGCAUGUGGGAAACACUGAUUAUAUCACAGACGCCAUUGUGAACUUCACUAAAUGCUGGCAGCAAUUUCACAUUCUUGAGCCUAUGAGAUGCUUCAAGAAAAAGCCAUUUACAUUUAAGCGCAAUGAGCAAAUCAUCGACUUCUUCAACAAUUUCGAAGACUACCUCUCAGAGGAUGCGAUGUGGGAGAUCUCUGAGAACAUCAAGCCACGAGCAGGCCAAAAGAAGAAAGACUACAGCUGAGCACUUAUUUACACUUGGCAUUUAUCGUGUGCAUCCCUUCAUGGUGCCUGCUUGCUUAGUUCAUUUACCAGAUCAGCCAUUUCAGAGCCCUUAGUGCUGUUUUAAAACCAGGCUUAUGCAGUUUUAUGUUUACUCAUGUUCAUUUCAUUAGUGCUUUUAAUUUUAUGCUCUUAUGAUUAUAGAUUUUAAGAUUUUCCUAUAAUCUAUGUAGUGUACGGCUGUGACAGCCGUGGACCAUAUAGAGUGUUUUCUUUAUUAAGUCAUUAUAAGGCAAGGCAAUCACUGGUGCUUUUGCAGCCACCGCGAACAGUAGGGCAAUGUCAACCUUCAGAGUGCAAUUAUUUUAUUAGAUUUUUUUGUUGUUGUAUAGGUGUGUUAAUAUUGCCAAUAAUUUAUUCUUGUCAUUUAGCUGUGUAAAAUUUAUCUUCGGGCUCUCUUGCCCUUGCAGAUGUGAAAAGUAUGCAAGCCUCAAAGUGUUUUUGACUUCUGAUUUAUAUAGUGCUCUAUCUAUUUAUUGACCUGUAACCAUGCAAGACCCUUUCUUUUUUUUCAUGAACUUUGCCAGACUUGGGACUACCAUUUAUGCAAUGUUGCCAAAAACGUUUGAGCCGUUCUAAACUAACCCUUCCUGUCCAAGGUGUUCCAUAUGUGGAAUGGUGCCCAGCAGACUGAAACUAAACUUAUUGCCAUUAAAUUUUAUGCAUUGAAUUUUAUGCCAUUGAAUUUUAUGCCUAGCUUGGGGUGCCCAGAAUGACCUCGUGCAGGUCGUUGAGUUAACAUAUUCUGUGGAUAAAAUGCAGGUUUGUAGUUCUAGGCACUGUAUGAAGCAGCGCAUAAAGAUAUCAUUGCCCCCACUUUUCAAAGAGAGGUCUUCUCCAUGCCAUUUUUGCAACUUCUAAUUGGCGCUGUCAGCUGGCAGCAGCCCAUUGACACCAGCCACUGAGCGAUCGUUUUUUCUUUCUUUGAAUUACCUAUGCACAUUUGCACGCCCUGGUUAGUCUAUCAAGGAUAACUAGGAAAUGAGGAAGUCAUACUUUUCAACAUGUCCUUUCAUUGCUCCUUUCUUGCUUUGUGCAAGAAAGGAGCUUUCUUGCAAGAAAGUUUUAUCAGAGGCCCACUCAUAAGGUUACCAUAAGCAAACCAUGGAAAAAAGGCUGCGCACUGCCCUUGGCAUGGCCCCUUGUAAGGGAAAUCGAUGACUUUGAUGUUAACAGUGAAAGUAAGCUUUGCAAUCCUAUUACAGGAGAAUCCCGAUAACUUGAAAUCUCUUCAUUUGAAUUAACGAAUAAUUUGCCCGGCACAGCUGGGCCUAGUAAAGUUGUAUUUUAAUAGAGAAAAACUCCUGAGAAUUCUAGCUCUAAGAAUCACCCAACGGUUAUUUCCAGCCAAAUUUCUCGCUUUUCAGACUGCCUUUCAAAAAAAAGGUCGCAUUGCCUCUCUCUUUAACUUGUCUCUGAAACUUAAGAUGAUGCAACCGCUUAUACUAGGCUUGCGGGAAGAUGGCACACACAAAGCAACCAGCCAUGUAGGCUCACCUUGCCUUUGCACCUGUAGCAUAUUACCAGCAAGAUAGAGAAUGCAGGUUACUAGCAAGGUAGAGAAUACCCGCCCCACCUACCCCACUUUUCUACUACGGUGCACUCUCGUAUGGCCAGGCUGGUUAUAGGAGACAUGCAGUCCCAUACGCCUCGUCCCCUCCUUCAUCUACUACGGCACUUCCACGUCUGAUUAAUCAACCCCAACACAAGCAGUGCUUGUUCAGAAACGUGAUAAGGCCCCAGCGCUAAGGCACACUACCAUGCAGGUAAUUUCACGCUAAAUUCAUAAGGGUUUUCCUUAGUUUGAACUCUGUUUUAUUCGAACCAAUUCAUUCACCCUAGAAUUUGGCCCCUUUUCAAAAAUUUAUUUCAUCCACUUUGACUUGUUCCUGAAGUUCCUCAGGUUUGAGGAAAAUUUAUUUCAGGGGUCCUACAAUUUUCAAAUAACGCAGCAGUGUUGAAGAUCGGGGAAAUUUUCUCGCGUAUUACCCGUACAAGUAGUGCACCAGUCCAUUGCAUUCUGGGAGAGCAAUGUGUUGGUUACUUAAAAAGUUUCACAUUUUUUGGGGUCGUGCCCUAAAAAGCUUUUCUAAUUGUGGAUCCAUUUGUCAUGCUUCUAAGCACUGUGUCAGAAUGGGAUGAAAACGCAAAAUAUUGUAUUUUUGAGCGCAAUGAAAACACAAUUGAAAUGCUAUGCACUAUUUUGUUUGAAGUGAAACCAAAAUCUUUUUUACAGAUUUUCAGUUCAAGGGAAAGUUUGCAAUAUGAAACAGUGGUAGUGUCAGGCAGUUGCUGCAUUUGUAUGUCUCUUGGGCAGCUUCCUUAAGUUGCUUAAUUGGCUUAUUUUUUUCUCUCGAGAAGGCAGGAUUGAGUCUGCUGGGUUACCUUUCUCUUGCAUCAGAACUCCUUGGUGCAGUGCAGAAGUGCAUCCAAAAGAACAGGAUAUGGUGCUGUUAUCUAACUGCACUGACACACACUGUAAUGUCAUUGAGAAGUCGUAGUGUAACUGUGUUGCUGUAAUAAUCGUACACUUAAUUGUAAAUGUGGAGUGCCCUUUGCAUCCUUGUACACCAGUGCACAUAGGUCCUCUAACCAUGUCCAGUUUACUUUUGUAUCCGUAUAUACAUUCAUUAAGGUUGGCAUGUUACCUUCUUUCCUAAUAACAGCUCUCACAUCUUGUAUAAGCUGCACCUUGGGCAAGUUUGCAUGCAACAAAACAGUGCUGCCGAUGUGACUAAAAGAAGGCUAGAAAAGGGGAUGCGGGUAGGGGCAGAUAAUUGCAUGUCUGGUGCUUAUAAGUGGUCACUCAGAUAACUGGGCUUUAGAUCUCAUGAGGCAGACAGUUCACUGAAUCUUUCACCAAGGCCUGUGAUGCAAUGUCAGUCCGCAGUUGUUCAGCCAUAAACAUGCACUGGUAGCUAUGUAAUGUCAGGUAUGCUCUAUUAAUGCUCUAUUACUUAAUUUUUUAGCUGCACUCGAAGAAGUGCAACAUUUACUUUCCUAACAGCUGUCACAUAUAUGGACACGCUUUGAUAUCAGGUGUGCUAAAAGAUAGAAUGUGCAGAUUUUAGGUGUUUAGGUUUAUAGAAAAUUCAGUGAACUGCUAAGUUAUUUGCAUAUUAAAAGGGAUUUAGCUAUUUAUUGCUGCGUGGUGAUGAGCUUUGAACUUAUUUGAGCAAAUAUUACUUAAUUUCACAGGAUGUGCUAGAACCAGGCCUGUUUUUUCAGUCUUGAGAGUGUUACUUUGUGUAGUCUUAAUUGUUGCCUGUAAACCAUGCUGUGUGUACUGUGAUGGUGAAAAUGCCAGGCCAUGUCUGCAGUGCCAUUUUAUUUUCCCCUUUGUUCCGAAGAAACUACGACAGUAAUUUUGUGGUCACUGAUUUUAAUUGGCAGCCAUGUGUGAUUUUUCUGCUGAGAUAGAAAAAAUAACACUUGGUUUUCAUAGUUAUACUUGGUUAUCAAAGCAAAGAUGUUCUGGUGUUGUUUCAAAGCAUUAAAUUUUUCCCACACCUUAGCAACAAUCUAUAGUUGGACCUCGUUAUGCCAAACACAGAUAUAGUAUAUGUUAGAAGCAGUAUUUUGAUAUUGUUCUUAUCAGGUUUUACAAGGUACGUGCAUUUUGAGUUUUACAUAAUAAAUCUAUUGGGGCAUGUUAAGGUUGCACUGAAUUCCCAAGUAAAACAUGCACUGGGCACAUCUAUGAGUGCCUUUGUGCAGCACAUGGCCAGCAGCUGUGUCACGGAUCUUCGGACAACAGCUGGCCAGAAAGAACGGACGAGGCGAGAGCGUUGCACACAACUAUUUUAAUUACACACAAAAAGAAAAACGCACAUUGUUAUCCCAAACCACAGCAAACAUUAAAAAAGGAAUAUGCUAAAUAAAACUAGCGCUAAACUCAGUUAUCCGUUGAGUAAUGGAAAUAAACAGUUAAAAGUACGAAGCGUUCAUCGCUUGCACCACUCACGGCGUUCUAUCCCAGAGGCGAGGCGUUGCGGAGACACAGGCGUUGAAGUCGGCGUCCGAGUCGAUGCUGCAGGCUUAAACGGAGGCAGAAUGCGGGCUGGCGUUGUAGAUGAGGGCCAGGUUCAGUGACCUGGGCAUCGCAGGUCCUUGAGAUGGCCAGCGUCUCCAGGGAGGAGAAACUGGCUCGGUCGAAGCCUACGGAGCGGUGCCGUAGGUCGGUGCGCUCGGUGCACUAGCCGAUGGCGCAUCCUGGGCAUUGCUGGUAGUCUCAGGUCCGUGGACGUGUCCUCGAACAGGCAGUGGCUACGGUACGAUGCCGUAGCACGAGGAAGAGCCGGAGCGCCCGGAACACAGGCCGGCGACGCUCGUCCCCAGCUUUCCAAGCUCACGCGCUGCCGUUCGAACACUCCGGGUCCCCUAUGGCCUCGUCACCUCCUUCUUUUAUAUCUUCAACCUCGUUUUCCUCUUCUUCUGGUCGUACGGUUAUACGUCAUGCUAUGCUUGUCGUCUUCCUUUUCUUCCACCACAUUUUCUUUGUCACCUCCUAUAUGUGACAAGCUGUCAUAUGCAGCAGGCAUUUUGUAAAUCUCCCAUGUACGAGUCUGAUGCACUGCAAGCAUUAUGGUGACCAUAGCCAGGUGUAGUGACAUGACAGUGCGACAGCUCAGCAGUGGCCUCUUAAAUCAGGUGAUGCAGAGGUGCUGCUAAAAUGGUUUCUAGAUUGGCACAUGUAAUAUAAGAGGCCCCAGCUAAACCACUAAACCAUGGUAUCUGGGAUAAUGUUGCCUGAUCAAGGACUCCAUAGCUUAAUAGCCGCAUUUCCUGGUCCUUUGUGUGUCUUGGUGAAGCAAGUUAUUGUGUGGAAUCCUGUAUACUGAUCAGCCAGUCAUUGCUGCAACAGCUGCGACAAUGUACACCUUAAAGCUGUGAAGAAAUGGGAAUAGAAAAGCUUAAUUAAUAUUCAAGUAGCUACCUUGUAAAGCUAGCAGACAUUAAAGCCAAGGAAACCAUAGAGGAAAUAAACUUAUUUCUUUAAGUAGCCAGUAAUUAAAUUUAAGUUUAUGUUCAUAAUGUUAAUAAGUGAAAAGGAAAUGAAAGCUAAGCACAAUUUGACACAAGUCGAAACGAAACCCUCACUUGUGCAAACGUCUAGCCAUGUAGAAGACAAAAACAAAAAACGCUGUAGACAGGACGGGUGCCUACAGUAUUAUUUGUCUUUGUCUUCUUCAUGCCUAGAGAUGCUUGCAUAAGUAUGGCUGACUAAGGAGUUCAAACUAAAGCUUUGCUCCAAACCCUCAGCCUUUGCAUGACAGAACUGGUAGAAUACUGGAAAUGUGUGUCACGUAUGUCAUGCAGAAGCUGUUCAGCACGAGGCAGUGGUACGGUGUCCUUUCUUACACUUUUAUUGAAUUUGAACUUGAUAUGAUCUGUAAAAUAAGUGCAGAAAAGGCCAAGUUCACUCUCCCUUACAAAUACUGCAUGCACUCUUCAAUUACACACAGAAGAAAAGCUCACCUUUCCCCUAUGUACUUCUUGUCUAGUAUUCUUUGAACCUCCAUUUGCAAUUCAUUGAGGGACCACGUUUCAACAAUUAGAGAAAGAUAUUUUAUUUGGUGCUUCAAAUUAUGCUGGGUAUGACAGUGUCUCAUGUUGAUAAUGGGAAUAUUUGGUGCAGGAUGAGAUGUUGUGUACAAAGCUAUUCAAUCCCAGUUAUCAAUCUGCUUUAGCAUGGCUGUAGAAGCAGUCAUGGCACAGCCACUGGCCAUGGCUUUCUUGCUUAAAGACAGUCGGCUGAAAGCAGGACUCAUUGUCAUCAUUUCAGCCUUUUGGCAUGGGAAUAACACAAGGACAGCACGAGAUAUGACGAAGGCAGUUGCUAACUUCCAACAUUUGUAUGUUCAAAAGUAUCGCAUGAAUAUAUAGGCAGAAUCAGCGUGUACUAAUUCACUUGUCAAAGUUGUCAUUACUUAGCACAAACAUAUGCAGAUUAUGAAGUGUGUUUUUAUUGCCAUUUGAUAAUGUUCACUUUUAUCACUGUGUAUAUUGUACUCCAUACAUGUUUGUGCUAUGUGGAGCAUGUGAUGCUUUAUUUUCAGAAGCAUGCGAUGCUUCUGAAAAUAAACCUAUUGGAAGUUCGCACCCGUCUUUGUCAUAUAUAACGCUGUCCUUGUGUUGUUUCCCACACUAAAAGGCUGCAAUGGAAUAUUGAUGCCAUGUCAUUUCAUUGUCACCAGAAGAGUUUAUUAACUCAAAGUGCUUGUGCACAGCAUUGAGUGUAACACCCCGACUGUGCAUUGUGUCACGUCGCCUUCGAUCAUCUUUAUAACUGUUGGGCUUUUACAUCCCAAAACCACGAGUAUUCAAUCAUGUUCUUGCACAUAGCUUGACAAGCAAGUGAUGAAAGGGUGUGACACAAAUCCUCGUUGUAUCGCCAUGUUACAUUGCUCUCCUCUCACACAUUGUAUGCCUUUUAUUUCUGUGCCAAUUGCCAACUGAAUCAAAUGAGUUUUUGACAGUAAUUUAUAUAUCAUAUUUUGCCUAUGGCAAGCUUCACAGUUUUAUUUGUUGUACUCAUUGUUAUAACGAGGUUCAACUAUAUUUAAACUAGCAUACCAAUAGGCAGGCCAACCAUUUCCUAAUACGGUGAAUUGCGGCUGUGAUUGAGCUGGUCUAAGAUACAGUGGUUUCUAUAACUGGACAUUGCAAUUGUGAAAUGGUGGUGGUUCAUGCAGGAAGAUGUCUACAUAUAGUUGAGCCCACUUAUAUAUAGACUUCCUCCGCUCUUUGACAUUACAUUGAUUCAUGUCCGCCAUUGCCUAUUGUUUCAAAUAUGUCACCAUUUGGUUAUGGCAGGUGCAUAUGCAUGGGAUUUUUUCUAGUCAUUCAACGCUUAUCACACACAAAAUGCUGCCUAAGCCACUGAGCUAAUGCAGCUUCCAAUUGCAGCAACUUCAGCGAGAACAGAAAGCUGUGCACCUGUGCAAUAGCAUUGUCAUAGCCCUCCUACCUGCAAAAAUAAAGGACAUACAUAUUAAACUUUAUCACAUGGCAUUAUGUUCUAACAUUCCGUCCAAGCUGACAGCCUGAAAGGGAGUGCAAUUUUUUUUUUUUUUUUGAUGAAGUGCAUUGGUUAUGCUUUUUUGUUUGCUUUCCAAAAUAAAAUGCAUUUGAAACACGUAGACAGAGGGAAGAGAUGGAGUUGCCCAUCGUCACAGGACUUUAGCAGCAAUUACUCUACAGAUUGUGAUUUGAAGAUCACAAUCUUCAUUUUCUGAUUCUUUACAGCUAACAAGUGCUGUAAAAGAAGUCUUUGCCAUAGACCAGGUGUUAUAGCAGUCCACAACAUGGGGUGGUCAUAACUGAUGUACUCAAAAGCUGUAGCACAGACAGUCGCACAGAAAGAGCAGAGAGUUUCAGGAGCACGAAUAAAUGGACAGACUCAUUUGAAAAUGUUGACCUUAUGGCUUACAGACUAUGUAGGUGCCCAUUCAUGGCAUGAUACUUCCUGCACUACCAAAACUAAUAUGUUCUUGAGUACUUGUCAGAACUUUCCGUCAAGUGGUUUAAGUUGAAGUGAGACCAAUGUUUUAGAAUUUGUUGCACCAUAUGCUCUGUGUUUGCAAUGUAGCAUGCACACAGUAAACUACACCGCAUAUUUUAUGCUUCAGCAGUGUUUUCCAACCUGCUUGCAUAGAAUCGCAUUUAUCUGUCUCACAAGAUUAAUAAAUGGCAUACACAACAAACUACUAAGUUUCACUCUGUGAUUGUCAGCAUCACCGAGUGUCAUCACCACUGGUGACUGUGCAUACAGAAAUGCUGUGAGCUGUAUAUUUGUGGCAAAGUACUUUUUAAUGCCACUGUCAUAGCUACAGUUAUGCAACUAUACAUUUGACAGUUCGACCUUUAGAAUAUGAUUGAGCAAAGUAUUAAACUUAAAGCAGUGCACUUCAGAAUAUAGCACCUCUCACUUAAUAAACUGCUUUAUUACAAAAAGAACAAUCGGCAUCAUCGUCUGCUGGCAUUAACAGACUUGAUGAAUCCAUAAUACUAGUGAACAUGCACUAUAGACUACGCAGAAUGGCACAGGACAACUGUUCUGUGUAUUCUGUAGUGUGUGUUCACUGGUAUAAUGGAUUCAUUCAGUCAGUACUAGCGCAGCUAAAUGCAUUAGCAUUGUUUAGUCUCCACUGGCUCCUCGCAAACAGUUGCACCAUUUCUCAAGUGUGUGAAAUUCGUCAAUGCUUACGAGUAUACGUGGUGAAUAGUGGAAAGUGAGUUGCUCACCAAAUCAGCCUCACAAGGAUUGCAUUCUCUUCACUUUUUAAAUGUUGUUUUCACCUCUGGCAGGUGUGCAGUUGAUCACAUUUCUUGUCAGUGUAGUUAUAUUGCAUUUACAUACAUGUUAGUGCAUCAGAAAGUUGCAAAAAGGAAUCUGAGAAUGGUCAUUGGACAAUUUACUCAAUUUUGCUUCAAACAACAGCAUUUUGUGUGCUAUAAUAUGUAAAUGCCAUGAUCAAAGUCCUUUCUGCAAGUGCUUGUAAUCCAGCAACGUUUGACGAGCUUAUUCAUUUCCGUUUGCGCAAUGUUGAGCAUUAAAAAAAAACCUCAUGCACUGGCAGCCGUGAUGCAACAAAGGACAGUGGCCUUGACACAGAGACAUGACAUCACAGUCUCUGAAACUAGUGCAUUGGUAAACACAUCAUGCUGCUGCUGUCAGCCAGAAUUGCAUGCUGGACUUGGCAAGCCAGGCAUGCGACUAUACUGGGUACUUACAUUCAUUCUUCAGUCUUUAGUCCACAUGUUUGUUAUGCUUGACAAAUGUUGCCACUGCUUGCAUAGAGACAGACGUUCAUGCUAUCUUCGCUCAUUUUCAGCAUCUUAUGAUCAGGACCAUAAUAAGUGGGCUCAACUGUACCACAACAUUUACAUUGUUAACAAAAUUAGCAUAUUUUGUUUGAAUAAAUACUUGCAAUUGCCAUAUCUUUGGUUGUUACCUUGCCUUUACUUAUUCACAUAAUCUUCCCAUAAUUGGCAAGUACAAUGUGUGCAUUGUUAAUUAGUAUUGAUCUUGCUCAUUCGUUCCUUGUUGAAAUUGUGCAGGGCUCACUAGAAGCUGCAAUGAGCACCAAUAUUUCCAGGCAGGAUGAUUCAGGUGAUGCAAUUUUUUAAAUUCAAGACUUCAUGAAUCACUAAUGGGCCAGUCAAGCUAAUAUGGAGAGAUAUUUGCUGGAAUAUGUUUAUACUCCUUUAUCAUAUUAUUAUAACAUCUGCCUUUCAUGUUGCACUCUUCAGUCUCUGGAUCCACUGUAUCAGCUCAGCCUCAGUUCUGUGUUGUCAGUGUCCUAUCCCGUUUCUUCCACCCCCUCUUUUGUGAUUUGUGGUCUUAAACUUGGUGUGCAAAGGCUUAUUGAUUGGUUACAGCAAACUGUAACCAAUCACUAUGUUUGUAUGCAAUGAAUUAAUUAUCAAGUUUGUGUGAAAAUUCAGGAAACCAUUGUUUAGUAGCUCUUUGGCAUAAAACAAAAGGCUGAUGCAUGUUCAUUCACAUUUUUUUAUCUAUUGUAAAAUAUGACCGGUGUUCAACCUGUUAAACAAGAAACAGGAGGAGGUCAAUGUCAUAAGCUGAUGCUUUUGUGUUGCAUUUUAUACUACAGCACCCCAUAGUGUAAAAUCUUGCGUCUGGGAGAAUGUAAGCACGUGGAAUUUCCAGCAUUGCAGUCAUUUUCACAAAGCCUCAAAGGUGCCUCAUAAACUGCACAGCUUGUCGUGUGCAUUGCUAUUUCUGCUGAAGCAUGCAAAAGGCUCGGUAAUAUGCUUUGCAGCUGUCUACUGAAAUAAUUUUUUUCAGAGCUGUACAGUUAUCACAAACUACAUACAUGGCAUAUGUCUUAUGAAUACCAUGCAUGGUGCAUUAAUGUCAUUUUUUCUUUCAUGUUGCUUGUGCUAUGUACAUGUCCUGGCAAGCUUUGUACAUAUUACAAAGGCCAAUGUGAAAGGAUUUUUCUUUUAACAUAUGUCUUGCACAAUGCGAUGUAAAUAUAUUGCAAGAACUUAAAAUUUAUAGGGCAACUUCAGCAACCUUUCAGUGAAGUAUAUCCCGAAAUCAUAGCUUUAUUCUUCCAGAUGUUCUGGAAGUGGUAGUUGUGAUAAAGAAAAACUUAUAGGGCACUAACAUUCACAAGCAGCAAAACUCCUUUCAGAAUAGUAAUACUAUAUAUAAAUAAAUAUAUAUAUAUAUAUAUAUAUAUAUAUAUACUGCUUGCCAGUAUGUGUAUGUGAUAUAAAACUAACAUGCCCAAGAAUGAAAUGUCGGUGAAGUUUAUUGUUGAUGUCAUCUAGUGCAUGUCUUUUGCAUGUUUAUUUUAACGAAAAGAGAGGAGCGGAGUGUCUUUGCUUUUGUGUCGCACGUGUGUGUGUUGCCCCAUUGUUGCUGGAACUCGCAUGUCUUUAGUAGGUGCUUAUAGGAAGAGCUGAAUAGCAAGUCCUCAUGUAAGUAUUUACAGCCGUACUGAUGUGGGUCUGCAGCCAUUUUUAAUAUUGUUUAAGGCACAACAGUGAAUGUACAAUUUGUUUUCCAAAUACAUCAUUAAAGGUGUACCUUGAGUUU